AGACAUGACAUCGACGGAGCUCACAGAGACUGCCGCUAAGUGGGCGGUCCUAAUUGGGAUCGACAAAUAUGCUCCAGAAGACGCGGCGGGGAAGAAAAAAGCGAAUAUCGGUGUCGGGACACGAGAUCCAAGGCCCAAUGGACCUCAACGGCUGUGUCAAUGAUGCUUUGGCGGUUAGAGAGUAUCUGAUGAACACCAUGAAGAUGGAUCCCAAAAACAUCAAACUGCUCCUCGCGCCUGCCAAGGCCGAAGCCCGCGAGUACAAGCAUGAGCUGCCUGCCAGCUACGAAGAACCAACUUACGUUAACAUAGUGAGGGCGCUGGCGAAAGUGCCGACUUACGCCAAGCGAAACGACCUUGUCUUCGUACACUACUCGGGCCACGGCGGGCGCGCAACAACCGUGUUUCCCGACCUCAAGCACAAAACAGGCGACGAUAUUGACCAUUGUCUGGUGCCGACGGACAUAAGGCGCAGUAAUGGCCGCUAUCUCCGCGACAUAGAGCUCGGCGCCCUUCUGCAGGACAUCGUGGCUGCCGGGGCGGUGUUGACGGUGGUGCUCGACUGUUGUUACUCGGGUGGCGCGAUCCGCGGCGACGACGACAGCGGUGAUGACGAGGACAUGGCCAACGUCCGGGGCGAAGAGAGGAUCUAUAAGUCUGACGAGGUUGUAGACACGCAGCUAGCGCCGGCAUCAACGGAGAGCAUUACACGCUGGGGUUCCGUUCCCCUGUGGAUGGAGGCGCCCAAAGGCUUUGUCUUGCUCGCCGCCUGCCUGGACUACCAGAAGGCCAAGGAGAAGAAACAGACGAUUCAGGGAAGAAACGGCGCAGGCAAAAGUCAGAAGCUUUGGCACGGCCGUCUAACCUACGAGCUCCUGGAUACGCUUCGCGCCUCCGCUCCAGGCCUUAGCUCGACCGCUAUCUACGAUCGCCUGCGGGCAAAAGUCCAAAACCGAGUCGCCGAACAAACUCCCUACCUCGUCGGCGACAGCGACCGCUUCUUUUUUGGCCCCGCCUACAGGGCCAGGGUCUAUGCCGUUCCGGUGAAGUUUGUCGAAAAGGACAACAAGCAGCUAAAUCUGGAUGGCGGGCGCUUCCACGGCGUCCAGCUCGGCGCUGAAUACUGGAUUCUACCGCUGGACUUUGAACUUCACAAACAUAUCCGUGCCGAGGAUGUACUGGCUCGCGUAAAAAUCCUGGAAGUUCAAUCGGGUGUUUCGACCGCGGAAAUCCUUACCAGCCCAACACCCAAGUCUGGAAUCGAAGAGGGCUGCCUAGCAGUACUGCUAAGCUUGCCGCUUACCGCGCAGGCGACCGUCUGCUUCGUUGCGGCGGACAAUAACCAAAGGAGGUGGUUUGAGGAUCUCUGGAACAAGCAAACCAAAAGCCGCAACCUACUCCAGCUCCUGAAACAGGACGACCUCGAAGCCGACCCCGUGUUCACCGUCACCGCCAAGAACGGCCGCUUCCAAGUCCGAGAUCGGCAGGGAGCCCUUGCAGGCGCGAUGGCGGACGUGUUGCGCCCGCUGCGCUGCCCAGACGCAGACGACGCCGAGCUGCUGCGCCCGCUGGCGCGGCGGCUGGAGCACAUCGCACGCUACCACAUGCUCCGCGGCCUCGAGAACAAAGGGUGGCAAGCGGGCGCGGCUGGCGACCUUGUCGAUGUCCACAUCGCCCCGUCGCCACCGGACCUCUCGCUCCCUCCCUCGCUCCGCGCGGCCGAGUCCAUGGUGCCGGCACUGGACGGCGCGUACGAGGUGCCGGAGAAGCGCGUGUUUCGCAUCACGCUGACAAAUAGAGGCGACAAACCCAUCGCCUGCACGAUCCUGAACUUCACGCCCGAGCUCGGGAUCGAGAUCAUCUACCCCAUGGAGGAACGCGCCACCUAUAUGGUCAUCCCUGGGUUUAAGAAAAGGUACCAGGAUUUCCACGUCUCCAUCCCUAAGGCCCUGCGGCAGACGGGGAGCGGAGAGGCAGAGACAGGGAAUAUAGCGACCGUUAAUCCAGAGAGGAAGAUCAUGGACGACUUGUUCAAGGUGCUGGUGUCGAGACCCGAGCUGGACCCGGGGCCGAUGCGGCUGACGAAACUACAAAAGGCGGAGGAAAAGGGCUACAACUACCGAGGCGAGGAGGAUGACGAGAAGGACGCGUCUUCGUUGAACACGCUCGAGGAACUCCUGAGCGCGCUCAUGCCGCUGAUGCGCAACGGCCAUGCUAUCGAGAGCUCGAGGGGCAUGGAUGACGACCCCGUCGAGUGGCAGGUCAAGGAUAUAUACAUCCGAGCGCUGCGGUCGCGCUAGAAAAAAGCUACAAUUGUUGGGGGGAUCCGUCUGCUCUAAGUGCAACUUUUGGCUGCCCCAACUCAAAACUAUACCUCCCAACUUCCCUCCCGUCGUUGCGCGAUGGCCUUUGCCACACGUUAUGACUAGAAGCUGCCCAUCCUCGAUCAUUUGUGUACGUUAUCCCAUUUAAUCCCAGGCAUGUGAAAACCAGGGAUCCGGUCUCCUCUCAAGCCCCUAAACCUCGCCAUAAGCCUCGGUGCAGCCGCCUUCGUCCUCUUAGUCGUCUCCGGGAAGGCCCUCAAUCUCGCUGUGGCCAUCAUAGGAAGAGCCGUUGAAUCGUUCCUCGCUCUUUUGACUGUCCCCGUAAAGGCUUUUGACCUCAACCUUGCUGUGAUCGGACGGGCCCUUGAUUAUAUCCACG